CUGCUUAUUUUAAACUGCAUUUUAUUUAUUAAUAUAGUACUAUAGUCUUAAGUGGACCGUUAUGGUCUCAGCCGAUAAUCCUAACCAAUCUAUUUCAACAAAAAACGCUGCAAGGAAAAGAGUUUCGAGUGGUUCUUUGUAUGAUAUGGCAGCAGUAGAUGCAAUGGGUGAAGUUGACGAAAUGCCUUCUACUGAGGAAAAUUUUAAAAACGAUGUGGCCUUAAAUGGGGACAGGAACGACGAAGAUUCUGCAGAAGCUGCUGUGAAAGCCACCAAAACAGUUGCUGACAUAACUGACAACAGUCUUCCACCUUCAGAACCAAUGGAAGUAGGGGAGUUAGAGGCUUCAAACAAUGAAGAACAAGAAAACAUUUCAGACAGUCAAGAUGACGAGAAUAGCAAUCAUAGCCAUGAAGACAAUGAAAUGGAUGUUACAGAGGACUCGAAAGAUUCUAAACAAUUAACUGAAGAGGAAGAUGAUGAAGAUGAUGACGAAUACGAAGAAGACGAGGGUGAUGACGAAAGGGAUGAUGGAGGAAAGGUGGAAGCAGAAAUCGAAAACGGAAGCUGUGAUUCACAAGAACGCGAAACUGACGAAGUGAGUUGUGCUUCGCAGGAAAUCGCGGGUGAAGAGACUGAGUCGGUUAAAAAUGACAACAGUCGUGCUACUAGUGCUCUAAGUAAUAAUACUGAUGAAAGUAAAGAAGUGCAAGUAAUUGAUUCUUUAGCAGGUGGCAAGGAAUCCAAAAGUGACAGUGCAAAACAGAGUGACGAUAAUAUAAUAACGUUAAACGAUUCCAAUGAAAAUGAUACAGACAUUGUAAUAAUUGAUGGUAAAGAAAAUAGUAGUUCUGACGCGAAUCAAAAUAGAAAACAUAAAAUAUCGGAAUGCGAUGAAGUGAUCGACCUUGAUUCUCCUGUGAAAAAGAAAAAGAAAGCAAAAGCACCACCCCCCGAAUUGCCUGCCAGACGCAGCUCUAGAAACUUAAAUAAGGAACGCAAAAGCUACGUGGAGGAAGAUGAUUAUGAAUUAGAAGUGGAAAAAAGAAAAAGGGCCGAUUCGGAAGAGUCAGACAUUGAAGAAGUACUUCCUGAAGACCCCCUUGCUGUAACAGACUCUAUACAUAAUGAACUUAGAAUUGGAAAUAAAGGAACGAACUCGCCGAGCUCAACGAUUGUUGUCAAAGACACAAAAAGACUCGUUGAGAUUGCAUCACAAUCGAAUAAUUCAAAUAUUAGCAAAAAAGAACCUACAUUGGUUAUAAUCGACACAAAUUCUAUACUAUCCGGUCGCGGACCAAUACCCAUCUCCCAAAAAUCUACAGCGCCUUCGCCCUCUCUCAGUACCUCAGCGUUUAACAUGUUACCCAUGGCUUUACCUGCCCAAGGUGUAUAUCCAGCAAAUAUGCGUGCCACGAUAACGCCUAUACCCAUUGGCGCCUCCACCCCCAAAGGCUCCGCCACGUCACUUCUCUCGCCGGUAUCGGUUUCUUCGGGCUCUGGUCAACCCAUCCUGUCUUCGGUUGUUCUACCCACUGUUCAAUCGAAUGCUGUGCACGUCUCAUCAGUAGUUCAUCAACCAACUCUUUUAUCCGCAACUGCUCAGGCAUCUCAGUCACUUGCGCCGCCCCCUCUUUUACCGACAUUAACGGACGAUAUGUUCGUUGUUGAGGCGCCGUCGUUUAUUGUUCCGUACGUAUAUGAAAAGCCACCCAUGAAAGACAUGAAGGAGUUCUUAAAAGAAGUACUUGAAAAGGAAGCAGAGGAAAAGAAAAAGAAAGAGGAGGAGGAGGAAAGAAAAAGGAAAGAAGAAGAAAAAGAAAAAGAACAACGUAAGAAGGAGGAGGAAGAGCGGAAAGACAAAGAAGAGGAGGCUAAGGAGAAAGCAGAUGAUGAAAAAAUGGAAGUAGAUGAAGAUGAGGAGAAGGAAGAUAGAGGAGACAAAAAAGACGAAAGCGAUUUGAAACUAAAAGAAAUAAUAGAAACUGUAGAAGAAGAAAAUGAAGAAGACAAAGAAGCCAAAAAGAACAAAGAUAAUACUCCAAAAGAUUUAUGUGAUGAUACGAAAAAAGAAAAGGAGUCUGACAAGAAAGCAGAAGAAACAAAAACCAAAGAAUCAGACAAAGAGAAAGAUCAAAAUGAAAAGAAGGAAGUGUCAAGUGAAACUAACGAUAAAAACGAGUCUCCAAAAUUAAAAACAUAUUUUGAUACACCCCUUGGGAGUUUCUUUGUUGAUCUUGGAUUUAAUUUGGUUCAAGAAUUUGUUCAGAACGACUUGUUAAGACAACAGAAGAGGAAACGUGAUAGGGAACAGGGUCAGAAUGCAAAAACCAAUAAAACUAUAGCGUCGUUAAUUAAGAAUUUAGAGUUCAGUAAAGAAAAUAAUGAGCCAUUCCGAAUGGAAAUGAAGAAAUGUCAAUUUUGUAGUUUUAGAACAGAAAGCUCUCUUGCUAUGGCUUUUCAUUUAGAAACUCCCCAUAUGAAAAAUUACAUUUACAGGUGUAAUUUCUGCCCGUACGAGAUUCGAAGUCCGCAUGAUAUCUUGUUUCAUAUGGAGGCUGAACAUGGCGUACGAGGUCGUUUAGAGCGUGCACCCGCUUUCCACCAAUGUCCAAAUUGUCCUUUCGAAGACAACCAAAAGGGCAAGCUGUCGAGACAUUUGGUAGCAUGUGCACGUAAAUUCCGACCCGAACGUAAUCUCGAGCCUCCAGGUGAUUGGGAUCCUCCGGCAAAGAUACCACGCGCCCCACGUAUGAAACAAACUGGACUGAACGCGACUGCGGCUAUGUAUCAGGCCAUGGCGCAACGGGCCUCCAAUCCGUACCAGAUCAUGCAAAAAUUGCAGGUGCAUCAACAGCCUGGUCUUCAGAUGGUACAAAGAGGUCGAGGACGGCCUUCCUUGGGAACAGUCAAAACACCUCCAAAUCUGAAAAACACAGGCGGAAUGGUUUACAAGCAGAUGUCUGGUGGAUCAGUGUUUGUGCCAACAAGUUAUCAACUUUCUGGAAACCAGGUGUUUCAGGUGGUGGGCGGACAAGAGAUGGGCGCCCGUCUUGCCACCGUUGGCUCCACGGCGUUCGUGCCCAAUCUAUCCACCGCCCCCCCAACUUCCGUAACCAUUCAGCAACAGGCACAACAGAGCCAAUCUACGGUCAAAUCGAAACCGGUGCAGCAGCCAAGCAUUUCGAUUACGCCACUUCCUCGAGGCAGCGCCUCAUCGAACUCGACGUCGUCCACGAUGCUAAAACCAGGCGAUUCUAGUUCGAAAAAUUCGUUUGUAAUCUGCGAGAUAUGCGACGGUUACAUUAAGGACUUGGAGCAGUUACGUAACCACAUGCAAUGGAUACACAAGGUUAAGAUUCAUCCAAAAAUGAUCUAUAAUCGACCACCACUCAAUUGUCAGAAGUGUCAGUUCCGAUUCUUCACCGAUCAAGGACUCGAGAGGCAUCUUUUAGGAUCUCAUGGACUUGUCACUUCCAGCAUGCAAGAGGCGGCUAAUAAGAGCAAGGAUGCAGGACGGUGUCCCGUUUGCGGAAGGGUGUACCAAUGGAAAUUGUUGAACCAUGUGGCACGUGACCACAACAUGACCCUGAAACCGGCCCAUUUGUCUUACAAGUGCACCGUGUGUACGGCUACCUUUGGCAUGUACAAGCAAUUCGAAAACCACGUGUAUUCAGCUCAUAGUGUUGUGGCGAAACGCGUCAUGGAUAAAAAGGGCUCAAGUUCAAACAAUUUGGGAAGUAGUGGAUCGUCAUCGUCGUCGUCUAAGAACGACUCUACCCUCCUUAAACCCCUUAAAAUAAAUGACGAAAUAACAAUCAUACCUCAGCCAGCCAAGCUAGGAAAAGACAUGGGUGGUUUCAGUUCAAGAAUUGACACUGGAAUCAAUAAAAGUAAUUUGAGUGAGUCGAGUUUAUCAUUGCUGUCCCGCGCAGAACGUUUGGUACGUCAAAAGACCGCUUCCCAUUCUCGGACAGGGGAUUAAGUUCGUAUACCCUUAAGCAACAAUAGACGGACACCUUAAUCAUGAAAAAAAAUCGAUUAGUAGCUGUCUAUUCACUAAUACAAAUCAGCAGUUUGUUAAUAACGAGAAUUGCGGGGCGAAAUAGAUCGUCCAACAUAAUUUAAAAAAAAUGAAACGUCAUGAAAUUUAAAGUCAUAUAACCCCUUCCUACUAAAGAGGUUGAAACGUAAACUGUGACAGUUAAUAGUGAAAUGGGGGAAGUGUUGUGUUUCAUUUUUUCUCCUUUCUUCCUUUUAAUAUGCGGAUUUAUGUACGUUAAUAGUUUUUUUUAUUUUUCAUUUUCUCUUUUCGUUCGACGGAACGAAAUAACGCGACUGUGACGCUGUUUAACUAAUUAGUUAAUUACGAAAAGGCGAGGUGUGUGGGUGUGUGUUUGGGGGACGUUCCUUCGCGCCCCCUUUCUUAUCUCCCGUUUGUUUUUCUUCGGUUAACGCGCAGACGAUCGCAAGAAAGUGCCGCUGCAAGUGAGUGCAAAUUUGAAAAUAGUUUUAUUAUGGGUGCGGCCGCACUAUUUUUAAAACAUUAACUGAUAUGUGCAUAUUAAGUUUAAACGAUUCCCAAAAAGAAGGUUCUCGAUCGACGAAACGUUGGCUUACGUGAAACAAGGAGAACAAUUAGUAAGUUUGUUAUAUAUAUAUAUAUACUAUACAUAUUUAAUUCUUUUUAUUUAAAGUAGUAAAAUAAAUAAUGGAGAAAAUUUACUGUGAAAGAAAUACUGUACUUUUCUUAUUAAUUAAAAAAAACGAAGAAAAGAAAUAUAAUGUAACUUGAAAAGAAUCGGUGCUACAGUAUUUUAUUAUUUCAAAUGCAGUUUACCUUUUUAUAUUUAAUUAAGAUAAAAAGAGCGUACACACUAAUCUUCAGAAAUAUUUUAAAAUGAUAGGCGCCUGUUCGAAUAUAUACAUAUAUUUGGCGAAAUAUAAUGUCAUUGUCAUUACAAAUUGUAAUUCACUCUUGCGUUCUGUGAAGUUUAAAUCGGACUUUAAAAAUACCCCAAAUUUCUGACAUGAAUAUGUGGUAUUGUAAUUAAAUUAUUUUAAGUUCUUAUUUCUAUUAAAAGAUUGCAUCUUUUACACAAAUUUGUAUGGAACGUAUCUACCGUGUAAAAACAGAAUUAAUUGAUUGUGUAAUUAUUAGAUAUACAUAUAGCGUCAUUAAAAAAUUAAUUUCCUUUUUGCAUCUAAAACAGUAAAUAAGUUUUUAAAAUCUGCUACUUAUUAUCUAAAAGGCUGCAUACCGAUUUUAUUCUUUCUAAGAAAAAUUGUAAAUGCCUAGAUUUUACUUGUUGAAGAAAUUAACAUUUACCGUUAGAUAAUGCUUUUACAUAUUAGUAAAUAGUUUGGUAAAUAUGUAGUUAGUUUGAUUUGGUACUUGUUUCACGAAAUUCCAUGAUUUUCGUGAUGCUUACGCUAUAAAAUAUUUGCGCCUAACUGAAGAAAGACAACUAUUGAACAUAAUAAUAAUAUAAGAUAUAAAAGUAAAUUAUUUAUGUAGAAAAAGACGAUUAUUAUUAUUAUUAUCAAGUAUUUUUAGUAAUAGUUUGAGCAAACGAAACUGAUGUAAUGAGUAACGUUUAUAAAAAAAAUAUAAGGAGGUACUAUCUUUUGUAAUGUAUUGUGAUUUGAAUUUAUCCGAAGAAGUUUCAGGGUAGCUUAUAUUCUUUUAAGUAAUUUUUCUUGUUCUUCCCUCUUUUUUUCUCAUUUAUCCACUUUAACCGUCAUUCCGCCUUUUCCCCUUUUGCGUAAUUUAUACAGUUGGUUUUUGAUGUAUCAUUUGUAUUUAUUAGUUUUGUAUCCGUCUUACGAUGCGAGUGGUGAAAAAGCUCUUUUUCACCCUUGUUUCGGAAUAGGAUGCUGCAAUAACGAAAUGGGGUUGCCGAAAAUUUUUGUAAAUGAUGAUAAUUACAUGGCUCCUUCCGAUCGUCGCAGUCUUUUAAGUGUAUAUAUUUUUUAUUAAAACCAAUUUUUGUCAACUAAAUGAAAAUAAACGUUUCUUUUCUCA